CUCAAAAAACCGUUACAAAAUCUAAAGAAACCCACCCUUUCUUCUCUCUCUCUUUCCUUUUUCUGCAACUCCACCGUUUCUCCAUUCUUUCUUCAAUGGCGAGGCUCGAUUUGGACGGCAAAGAGAUCGCUCCCCUCACCAUCUGCUUGAUCGGCGGCGCUGGCUUCAUCGGAUCCCACCUCUGCGAGCUCCUCAUGGCCCAUACCCACCACUCCGCCAUUGUUAUCGACGUCUCCUCUGAUAAAAUCACCCAUCUCUUGGAGAAGUCGUGUUCUUGGUCCAACCGCAUUGAGUUCCACAAGAUCAAUAUCAAAAAUGAUUCUCGCCUGGAAACCCUCAUCAAGUCUUCUGAUCUGACGAUCAAUCUGGCCGCGAUUUGCACGCCGGCGGAUUAUAAUACACGGCCGUUGGACACGAUUUAUAGCAAUUUUCUUGAUGCAAUUCCAGUGGUUAAGUACUGUACUGAGAGCAAUAAACGUUUGAUUCAUUUCUCCACAUGUGAAGUCUAUGGAAAGACUAUAGGAAGUUUUCUUCCAGCCGAUCAUAGCUUGCGACAGGACCCGGAUUUCUACAUCCUUAAAGAAGAUGUUUCCCCAUGUAUUUUUGGGGCAGUUGAGAAACAGAGGUGGUCCUAUGCUUGCGCAAAGCAAAUGAUUGAGAGGCUAAUAUAUGCUGAGGGGGCUGAGCAUGGCCUCAAGUUCACCAUUGUGAGGCCCUUCAAUUGGAUUGGUCCUAGGAUGGACUUCAUUCCUGGUAUUGAUGGCCCAACUGAGGGGGUCCCCAGAGUUCUAGCUUGCUUCAGUAAUAACCUCCUACGGGGUGAGCCUCUCAAACUUGUUGAUGGAGGGAAGUCCCAGAGAACCUUUUGCUAUAUCAAGGAUGCCAUCGAGGCUGUUCUUCUAAUGAUUGAGAACCCAGAGCGUGCAAAUGGCCAGAUUUUCAAUGUGGGGAAUCCCAACAAUGAAGUUACAAUGAGGCAACUAGCUGAGUUAAUGAUAGAGGUCUAUGGGAAGAUAUCUGUUGGCUCCUCUGAUCUAACGACAGUUGAUGUGAGCUCAAAGGAUUUCUAUGGUGUAGGUUAUGAUGACAGUGACAAGCGUAUUCCCGACAUGACAAUCAUCAACAGGCAGCUUGGAUGGAAUCCAAAGACACCCCUCCAAGAUCUUCUUGAAGUUACUCUCACAUAUCAACACCAGACGUAUUCCCAGUCAAUUAAAAAGGCACUGUCGAACCCAACCUAUUGAUUGGGUAUACUCUUCUUCCCCUCAAUUCAAUUUGUUCCUUUUGUACACAAAUUACACCCAUGUAAGAGGCACUCAUGCCAAAUAAAGUAAAUGAGAAUCAGUAGAUAAAAAUUGAGCCUGCAUCUGUUUUCUUUCUACCCUUCUAUCAUUCUUGUUGUAGUGUUUAUGGAAUCAAUUUUGACAAUGGAUGAAGUAAUCAGUUUUUGAUCUACUCC